AUGUCAGCCAACUCCUUGCGACAGUGGCUGAAGGUCGCGCGAAAACAGGUCAAACAGCUCCGUCAAACACUGGACGAUGAACUACAAAAUGUUCUGGAGAGGAACAUCCUUAGACCUCAAAAAUCUCUAGUCAGAGUGCCCGUACCCGUCAGACGGGGGGUUUCGUUGGGAAACGGGACUCGUUACUUACACACGACUUCACGGAACUCCGCCCAAGCCGGGCAAAGAGCUCAAAAAUCGUGUAACAAUUCUGCACCUAGGUUCGCCACAUCUAGCGGACGGGGCGUAUUUUCACAGUUCAACGGCGCCUACAGAGCCCCUAGAGGUGUACCUCGUGGUCUCUAUACUAACUGGAACAUGUAUACGAUGCGUUUUGCGUCCGGACGAGCAUACUCAACUGCUGCCAUCAGAAUCACUCAUGAUGCAGCUCAAAACAUGGCGAUCUCUUUGCGAUGCUUUUUCAACCUCUGGGACAGCUUUGUCCCCUCUCAUAAUCAUGGCGAGAGCGCUAGACUUGCUCUUCGCGAGACAGGUAACGGCAGGAAACGUCUAUGUGCCGAGGAAAUCUCCGUGAUGCGUGCUAUGGAGGUGUGCCGUAUGAUCCAAGAUCACAGACAGGAGCUGAUGUUGGAUGGAGGAAACGAAACCGGGAGCGAAGCCUUGGGGUGUGUGGUCGACUUCCAACUGCCACGACUCGACGUGUCGCAAAUGCCUUCUAUGGUGUUUGCAUGCGACGAAGCGCUAGACAAGUGGCGCGACGAGCUAGUGGAAUGCCACGCCAUGAUGCGAAAAAUCGAGGAGAGCGUUCGAACCAUCUACAAGAACUACGGUGCGUUGCCCUUGGAGUUUGGCGAGUCCUUUGUACGGGUCCGAUUUCCGAACCUUACGAUGGCCGAGGCCGAGCUUCUGAUGCGAGACCUGGGACUGACGCUGGGUCUCGUUCUUCCAGAACCAACUUUCGCCAGCGAUUUGGACCAGAAAGCGUGGCAUGCCAAUCCGAACGAAAUGCACAAAAAGGGAUUUCCGAUGUCUGAUUUCGACCCGGUACUGUCGCCCUCGUCCUCGUCGCCCUCAGAGUCGCAGCUUUCUGGCGACUUCUCAAUACUGUCGUCUCAGGCGUGA